CGGCCGAAGCCGCCCUCCCCGUCCAACCCCACCCGCGCUCUGCUCCGCUGCUCAGCUCAUCUAUUUGUCAUCGAUGGCUGCAACGCCACCACCACGACCUUUGUCCUCUCUGCUCCGCUCCUCACAGUCCUCACUCUCCCCUCUCAUCCUCCUCAAAAGGCUCCCCCAAAAAAGAGUCUUUUUUUGAGCGCCGAGAGUCAAGUAGGGAGUAGUUGCGCUUGGAGCCAGCCGAGUGACUCCGUGAGUGAGUGAACACUAAACAGAGCACAGGAAGGAAUCGACUGAGCUCUCUGUACCACUGCGCAGCGUGCCAUGGAGUCAUUCAGCUUCCUCAAGUACCUCCGCGGUGGCGUGGUCGCCGGCGCCCAGCGCGCGCCCGUGGCCGCCACGACCAUAGCCGCGUCGGCGUGCGAAGACGGCCGCGGCGGGGACGUCGAGGACGACGCGUCCUUCUUCGACCUGGAGUUCGCGGUGCCCGGCGACGAGAGCGCCGCGUCCGACGCGGAGGAGGAGCGGGUGGAGUUCAACUUCGCCGUGGCCGGCGAGGACGUCGCGCCCGGCGGGGGCGAGGUGGUGGCCGUCGACGCGGUGGCCGCGCCGGCCGGCGCGGAGACGAGCGAGGCAAAGGACGGCGCGGAGGCGGAGACGGAGACGGCCGAGGCUGCGCCGGCCCCUGCCCCGCCGCCGGCGUCGCUGCUCCGGCCGGCCACCAAGUUCCGCGUGCUGCUGCUGAAGCUGAGGAAGCCCAAGGUCGCCGUCCCGGCGGACGGCAACGCCACCUCUCCGGCGCCGAAGCAGGCGAGCCGGUUCCUGAUAAAGUUCCGGGUGGACGAGGCGCCCCUGGUGUCGCUGUUCACGCGCGACAACAGCUCGCGCACCUCGGACGCGGACCGGCCCGCGGCCGCGGCGGUGCAGGCGGCAGGGCAACAUCCCCAGGACGCGUCCGCCGCGAUCACCGCCGAGGAGCGGCGGUUCGCCAAGGAGGUGGUCCUCAAGUACCUGAGCAAGAUCAAGCCGCUGUACGUGAAGGUCUCCCGGCGCUACGGCGAGCGGCUCCGGUUCGCGGGCGCGAGCGAGGGCGAGGAGACGGACGCGGAGCCCGACCUCCCGGCCCCGGCCCCGGCCCCGUCCCCGUCCCCGUCCCCGUCCCCGGGAGCGUCGUCCCAGCCCCCGACGGCGGUCGCCGCGCCGCAGCCGGUGGUGGUGGCCUGCGGCGUGCGCGCGCCCCGCGCGAGCGUGCCCGCCGGGCUGAAGCAGGUGUGCAAGCGCCUGGGGAAGAGCCGGUCGGCGUCGUCCGCCGUGGCCGCGGCGCCCUCGCCGGCGCCGCCUUCCCCAGGGGCCCCGCAGCGGCGGGACGACUCGCUGCUGCAGCUGCAGGACGGCAUCCAGAGCGCCAUCGCCCACUGCAAGCGCUCCUUCAACGCGUCCAAAGGGUCGGAGUCGCCGCUGCUGCGGACCAUGCCGGCGGGCGACGGCGGGCGGGCGGCCGGCAGCAGCGACGGCGCGUGAUCCGGCGACUCGAGCAACGGUGAUCGCCGUUCCGUACUCUAAGUUGUAGUAUUACUAGUAGUAGAUGGUAGUGGUGGCGGCAUCGGAUUACCUUAAACAAAGGUGUGGGUUGCGUGGCUUGCCUGACGGGGCCGAAAGAUUUUGUCUUGGGCCGCGCCGCGCCGCGCCGGCGCCGAGCUCCUGCCUGCUACUCCUACUACUUUGCCUUCGUAUGAUACUGGUGUGGUGGCUGUCUGAAAUCUGAUGGUCAGCACUCAGCAGCAGUGGUAUGCAAUUCGUGUGUAAAUAAGAGUACUUAUGUAUUGGCCAUCGCCCAUGUGAAGCCGCUGCUUUCUUAUCUGCU